GACAUCAUGCAAGAUGUCAGCGCCUACAAAGCUGUCAUAGAAAAUCAAAACAAAGUCGUUAUAAUCAUUCUAAUCACUAAUACCAUGGUAGAAGAAAACAAACAUACGAAAAAUAACGAGAUAACGAGGAAUGCUAGGAGAUGUAAAGAACAAUCAGGAGAGCUAAAUAAUCCAUGUUACCUCGAGCAAAAAUUGACUUACAAGUGCCUAAACAACAAAAACUUUGACCAGGAAGCAUGUAACAACUAUUUCGUAAACUAUAACAACUGCAAGGCAUUUUGGAACAGUGUCAGAAUUGAUAGAAAGAGGAAAGGAAUUCAGCCAAACCUUCCUUUACCAGAAGAUCGGGAACAAAUCAAAGCUGAAUACAUGAGCAAGCAAGGUUUAGGCUAUAGAUAACCUUCGUGACUACAAUUAUUACUGUAAAGGUACUACUUUACUGCUUAUUGCCUUUGCUACUUACUUACUGUAUAUAGCCUAAUUAUUUUCAUUUGAUGUGAAACAAAAUAUCAAUGAUAUCAUUAAGCAUACCUAGAAUUCACCUAGGUGAAUCAGAAGUGUAUGUAAUAUAAAUAACAUAUAAAUACUUUCUAACGAAUGUGAGGAAAAUGAGAUGUUUUAAAUGUUUUGCUUGGUACAUAAACUGACAAAAAUCGUUAUAUCCAUUGAAAUACGCAAUUAUAAAUAUACAUUCACACUUUGGAAUGAAACAUGGUACUCAUAAGACAUUUGUACUUACUUGUCAUAUAUUAUUUAUUCAUAUUUGGUAAUACGACAACACUUAUAAAAUAAUACCAAUUUCGGCUAAUAUAUACUAAUGACGAUUAGAUA